AUGAAUAUCAUCACUGGUGAAGGCAAAUUUGAAAAGCAUCAGAACAUAUUUGUCGGAGCGUUUGGAUUAAACAAUGUGCCGACAUGCGACUUACUCGCCCUGUUGGAUUAUGCACGGAAAUUUGAUGUUACCCAACCAAACAGCUGUGGCCAUGGCAAUCUGAUUGAAUUAUUGAAAGGACAUGGAGCACCAUACUGUGAUCAAUACGUACGAAAGUACUUGAAGGCAAGUAAAGCACAGUUUUUCGCCAAAUUUUUCUCGGAAAAUCUCGACGAGCUGUCUGAAAUCAUCCGAAGAUUACCCAAGGUUUGCAAGACGCAAGUCGAGCUCACUGCAGAUGGCCUCAAAGCCGGUCUCACUAAAACUAGCCUCGAAGCCACCAACUGGAUAUCCUUUUUUACAGGUACACCUGACGUCGGAGAGAGUUUUUCUAGAAAAGAAGCUGAUGAGAUGAUCGAAUAUGCAAAAUCUGUCAUUCGCAAGCGUUGUCUUCCAACGUUACAAGCUAUGGCUAAGCCACAAAUAAAAUCGUUUGAAUCGACGGUCAAUCUAUUGAAUGGAAUGGCCAAAGGAGCGACAUUGUCAACAACGCACUCUUUCACUUCCGAGCAAUUAUCCGGUUUCGUCGCCUCGAUCGAUCCUUUCAUUUAUGGAAAUACUCCGAUGUGUCAAGCGUUAUCCUAUGCGACUGAGAUAUUCACUUCCAGCACUGAUCCAGUGAAAGUGCUGUUUUUAAUCUCGGACGGAGAAUCCACCGACGGCGAUCCUGCACAAUUCGCCAAGCGCUUGCACGACAAUAAGGUCAUUGUCUUCUGCUGUUUACUGACAUUCGAAAAUCUUUCUCAGCCGAGACGUUUAUACUACGAACCUGACGUACGCUUGACAAAGGCACAACAUCAGAUGUUUCAACUUAGUUCCACGGUGGAAAAUUCUCACUCGGGCAUGUUGGUACUCUUAGAGCAGAAAUGGGAACUUCCAGCAGCCGGUCACAGUGGUCUGUUCGUACAGGGCAAUCAUCCCGACAUCAUGAACGAAUACUCCGACCUCGUUCGACAAUUAGCGCAAAAGAACGACGUCCUUCUGAACAACAUUGGCCGUGUUUCCUUAGAUAUGUACAUCAACGCUGCCAAUGCAAGUUUCGAACCGAAACGACAACGAGGUGGAACGUGCUAUGCUCAUACCGUGGCAGCUGUCCUUCAUUUGGCUAUGCGACGAAUUGAGGGUCGAGAAAAUGGAGUACCCGACUUCUUUGACAUUUGUCAAAAACUGAUCAAUACAUACGGCGAAAAAGGAGCAGUGACUACCGAUGUCUUGAAUAUCUGGGCACCAAAAUACCGUUUACGCCACAGGAAAGUCGAUGAAACUGGUGCUAGACAAGCAAUCAAUCACAGACGUCCCGUAGUCGCCACGUUCUGCUUGGACAAGAAGCAGUGGACGAAUUUCAGUGAGUUUUACGGGAAAUCGCCGCAAGGUGUUCUCGAAAGUAAAGACAUCGGAGCGCGCAAUGCGCAGUCGAAGAUAGAUGGGCAUGCCGUUGUCUUGAUCAAAUACUAA